AUGCAGACAGACAAUGAUUCAGAUGCAGGGGAAUUGCAUAGUGGUAAGGAACAGCUUUGUUGUCAAGAGGAUGCAAUGGAAGAAAUCCAUAUAACCUUUCCAGGAGAUGGUGUCUCAGCCAUGACAGAUUUAUCUACAGUUAGUGUGUCUUCUACAAAAAUGGAAAAUUCUGUUCAUCUUGACAAAGAUGCAGAACCAGAAGAGGUAGACUACACACAUUUGGUGUCCAUUGUAGAAAAUGACAUCAAAGAUAUAAGUAAGAGGAUAAGUACAGCUGUGAUAGACUUCCAUUUGUCUUGUCAAGAGGAGGACAGUGUUAUUGAAGGACACUGUUCACAUUUUGAUUUUAUCCCUAAUGAGAUUAUUUUGAAAAUAUUUUCCUAUUUUGAGCCUCUGCACUUAUGUAGACAAAUUUCUCCUGUGUCUAAGCGAUGGCGAAAGCUUGCAUAUGAUGCUAGUUUGUGGUCUUUACUUGACCUUAAUUGGAACCCACAUAUAUCAUCAGUGGACCUUUGCUGGAUUAUCAAAAGACUUGGAUGUAUCCGGAAACUUAGGCUUCAGAACCGACAGAUGCUUAGUGUUUCGGAGGUGUCUGUCUUUACAGAGUUCUGUCCCUUGUUAACAGAUGUUGACUUAGGGUUCUGCAGUACUUGUUCUGCUGAUAUACUGGAGUGUUUCAUACUCAACUGUGAAAAUUUGGAAAGGAUCAAUAUUGAAGGGUGUCACUUGGUAGCCGAUGAAUGCUGUAAAGUACUGGCAAAGGCUCAACACCUGAGAUAUCUGAACUUUUCACACUGUAUUAUAACAGAUGCUGGAGUGAGUCACUUAGCCAGGAAUCUAUUACAGAUUGUCUCUCUCAAUAUUGACGGCAUUGGAUGGAUAAGUGAUAAGAGUAUAAUGACUUUGGUUGAGCACCAACAUAAACACUUAAGGUGGCUGGACAUUGAUGGUGCUGAGCUUACUGACAGGUCCAUGGAAGCAAUAGCAAGUUGUUCAGGGCUAGAGAGAUUGAAUGUGUCCUUCUGUGAACUCUUGACUGAUAUCACACUGCAGAAAAUAAAAAAAAUGGAAAGGCUUACCUGUCUGUCUCUGAGGAAAGGGACUGAGUUGACCAAUGCAGGAAUGAUUGACCUUUUCUCCUCAGAUGCUCUGGUAAAUUUGACCAGCCUGGACUUGUCUGACUGUGGUAACCUGAUGGAUUCAGCUGUACUACAGAUCCUGAAGUGCUGUGGUAAGAAUCUAAAACAACUACACUUACGCUGGUGCUGCAGUCUACUGGAAGAAUCUGUCACUGCCAUUGUAGAUACCUGCAGCUUAUUGGAAACCCUGGAGUUGGUUGGGCUACACAAGAUUUUGGGAAAGUGUUUUGAUAGAAUUCCCAAAUGUAUGCCUCAUCUCACCUUACUAGACCUUCGACAGUGUAACAAGAUUAAUGAUAACCUGAUUCGAGAAAUGCUUUGUAGGAAAUCUGACCUAAAAGCUUUCGACUACUACGGAGAGGAUUUUCGUAUCCAGCUUCAGUCCUAGUCUAGCUGUUAUUAUGGAUUUAUGAAACUAAUUGAAAUGUCAACAAUGAUUCGCUACCAUGAUACUUUGUCCUAUGGAUUAUUUCCAUGGUAACAGUUUAGAUGUAACUGUUGAAAGGAUUGCUAUAAAUAGAUGACCAUUUUACAAAUGGCUGGUGGAAUAUAGAUUAACAACCAAUGUAAAUCUACAUGUAAAAACAUAUGUAAAACAUAUGGUCACAUUUUUCAAGACAAUUUACAUUCACAUUUAAGUGUAAGUCCUCUUUAUAAGCAGGUGUAGCUUAAAUAUCCUCCCCAAGUAAAUUUGUCUUUACCCCUACUCAUGAUUGUGAUUCAUCUUAAUUGGUGGCUUUUGUGCUUGUGAAUAUAUCCAUUAAGAUCAAGGUAGCGGACAGAUUUCUCAUUUUUUAUAUACCAUAUAAAUCAUAUGACAAAUACCCUUUAAAUAUAUCAUAUGUAUGAUCAUCUACUGUCUUCCUGUAGAGCAUGAAUGAUCCUUUAAAUAAAUUCCCAAAAACUACGAGGCCAGCAGUCUUGCACUGGCAGCUUCCUGGGGGUGAAGGGAGACAAAGUUUGAUACAAAGAAACAACCUUGACCCGUGUACACAGUCACAGGGGUCAAAUUUCUUUAAACACUCUUACAACUGUUGUGAUUACACAAAAAAAUAGAACCAAGAUAGUUGGCUGUUUGGUUACUAAGAUGGCAUAGAACCAAGAUAUUUGAAAACCUCCAAAACAAGUUAAUACAAGAGGCUCAAUGGGCCUGUAUGACUAACCUGGCUAUACAGCAAAUCUGAAGUUGAUUGAGGUCAUUUCUACAGAUACUAUGCUGAUUACCACUUUAUUCAAAUAUCAGAGUAAGCUAGGUUUAUUCAUGUCAAUAAAUUUUCUAGUCCUUCAUGCAAGCAUACUUUUGGCCUA